GACAAGUCGAACGGCUCAGCCAUCUCGGAACUGUCCAGAUGAUCUCGUCACCUUCGCAACAUUUUCUUCCCUUCUUCAAUAAUGGAGUUUCCCAUCAGAUGGCAAAUAGAAAAUGACUGCGAAAAGAAUCAUUUCAUUGCUUUCUAUAUAUAUAGAUGUCCGUUGUUUCUGAGCGGCACACGAUCAACUAGCAGGUCAACAACAAUUCUUCAUCAUCAUCAUGAAGCACUUUCUGGUAAAAUCUGUGGUGGCUAGAGUUCUGGUCUCCGGCGGCGCCCGGAACUUUAACCGCCAAAUUGCAACAGCGUCGGCGGCACCGGAUCUGAAUCUCCGGCAUCUCUGCGGCUACUGGCCAAGGAUGUCGUCGACCUUGGCCCCGUCUCCGGCUGAGAAGGAGCAGCAGCAUGAGAAAACAGUACCGGAGGAGAAGGAGAACGAGAACGAGAACGGCGUCGUUUCAAGCUACUGGGGGAUCUCCAGGCGGAAGAUUAAAAGAGAGGAUGGGACUGAGUGGCCUUGGAACUGUUUUGCGCCGUGGGACACUUAUCGUGCAGACGUGUCAAUCGAUGUAACAAAGCAUCAUGUACCUACCACUUUCUGGGACAAAUUUGCUUUCAGGACAGUGAAAUUCCUUAAUGUUCUAUCACAUCUGUAUUUUCAGGAGCGAUAUGGGUGCCACGCGAUGAUGCUGGAGACGAUCGCGGCGGUGCCGGGGAUGGUGGGAGGGAUGGUACUGCAUCUGAAGUCCCUCCGGAAGUUUCAGCACAGCGGAGGGUGGAUCAAGGCACUGCUAGAAGAAGCAGAGAACGAGAGGAUGCACCUGAUGACGAUGGCGGAGCUGGUGAAGCCGAGCUGGCACGAGAGGCUUCUGGUGAUAACGGCUCAGGGAGUGUUCUUCAACGCCUUCUUCAUGUUCUAUCUCAUCUCUCCCAAAGUGGCUCACAGGUUCGUAGGCUACUUGGAGGAGGAGGCUGUGAUUUCCUACACUGAACACUUGCAGGCCAUUGAAAGUGGGAAGGUGGAGAACGUUCCGGCUCCGGCCAUCGCCAUUGAUUACUGGAGGCUUCCUAAGGAUGCUACUCUUAAAGAUGUUAUCGUUGUUAUUCGCGCUGAUGAGGCUCACCAUCGCGACGUCAAUCACUUUGCUUCUGAUAUACAAUAUCAAGGGAAGGAACUGAGGGAGGCACCAGCCCCCAUUGGCUAUCAUUAAUUAUUUUAUUCCCUUUUAUUUUUGCCACAUUUAAUAUAAUUAAAUGUUGUAUCAUUGUAGAGUUGUUGAUUGUUGAUGACUGAUUUAUUAAUAAAAAUGUACAAUAAUUUUUUUUAAAAAAAUUAAACAAUCCAAACGUGUCUUUUGCCA